GGCAUUCGAUAGCAAAACAUUCGAUAGCAGAACCUGUACCUAUGUUGGGGCCAUCGCUCGGUCUCUCCAUGCUCUAUGGCGCAUCCGCUGCACGCUCCAUGCUUCUAAGUAGCCGUCAUUGCUCUGAUGCGCUCCUCGGCGCUUCUGCUCUCUUCGGUGAUGCGGGACUCGUGAUGCAUCAUCGGGCUUCCGUGGGCUCAGGUCUAGUCAUCGAGAAUGCAGCGCAGCUCCAGCACAACCGUAGUGCCACGAAGAAAGCCGGAGGCUCGGCUAAGCAGAGUGUUGGGUCCCUACCGAAGAACUUGGGAAUGAAGCUCACGGCUGGCGAGCUCGCGUUUCCCGGCAUGAUCAUCCUGCGGCAGCGUGGUACAAAAUUCCAUCCGGGGGCGAACGUGGGCAUCGGUCGCGACCACACGAUCUUCGCGACGGGUGUGGGCAAGGUGCGGGUCGACACCCAGCCCGGGCCUCGCGGCGAGCGGCGUGUCGUCAGCGUGGAGCCGCUGCCCGAGGCGCUUGCAGCCGCGUCUUCGCCGGCUACCCCGGGGGCUGCCGCGGAUGCAGACAGCGCCCUGCGCCUGCGGCAAGUGGAGGCGGAGCUGGUGAAGCGGCGAGCGGAGGUCAAGCGCGCCAUGCUGCAAGGGCGGACGCCGCUGGAGCCGGCCCUGUACUUCCCGCUGCCUCGGACGGCGGACGGGCAGCUGUCGUGGCUGGAGCGAUCGGUGGCCAAGGCCCCGGCGGUGACACCUUCUGCCGCGGCCGGCAAGGAUGCGGUACCAGCGAAGCCGAAGGCAGCAGCAAAGAAGGCUUCGUAAAGAGUUGAGGUAGCAGACCAGAGUUGGGCGCGGCAGAGCUUGGAGGAACACGGCACUCUGUGCGAUAAGGGCUGUAAUGCUGGCACAUUGACACGUUUUCUAAAGAGGCCAUCACUGUUUGGACCUGCUGACGUGUGUGGGUGCUGUUGCUAGUAAGGCCAUUCCGUUUGUUGUGCGGCGUGGUACUGAGUAUCGCAUCCAUAGCGCUGGCGGGCAUCACGUGUUGGAUUAGAGGUACCAUAGGCAGGGUCAAAGGCGGGGUGCAAGCGUCAUGUUAUCAGGACCAUCGUUGCAAGCAGGUCAGGAACUGUGCGGGAAUGGCGUUGCAGGUUGUUUCAUGAGCUGCUGAUAAGUAACUCAGAAGCGCUGGUCUGUUAAUGCGGCUAGCGCAGGGCUGGCCUGCACAAUGGCGGGACAGGCACGGUGGACAGGGUCAAUCGAGCUGUACGAGUUGGUCAGGACUACACGCAUCGCCCGCGUCGUGGCAUGAGAGCGUUUACACAUGAAGGGUUGGCCUGAUUGGGGACUGGUAUUGUGCGGGUCCUUCUUUGGGCUGGUGAGGCUCACGCAUAGAGCGUAUCUGGGUUACCGUACUGCGCCGGCUUGGGCAUUCCAGUUGCAACAGUGCAUAUGCUGCAGCGUCGCGUACCGUGAUGGCCAUCGGGCCUGCUGCAGUUCUUGUGUGCGAUGUGGCCUUCGAUACGGCUUCCAGAGGCGCACGUCGAGCCCGUUGCGUAACAGCGCCGGGAGGUGUUGCGUUUAGGUCAUUAGUGCAGCUAAUAGGCGUAGUAUAGACUGCUGUGUGAUAGCUGAUACGCACAGUAGUGGGCACUUGGGACGUGGGAUCACGGGACGCAGUCGCUCAGGCAUACAGACACGGUAGCUUCGGUCCUGUAUCCUCUCGCAAUGAUCGUCUCUAUGUGACUUAGCUAAGGUGGGCCUGCUCUCGGCCCUAUAGCGGCUUA